GCGGCGGCAGCGCGGCCGCCCCCAUGGUGGAAGCGGCGGGCGGGGGGACCCCGCAGCUCGGGCACGGCUCCGGCCACGGCUCCUGCCCGCCGCGUCCCGACCGGAGGCAGCGGCGGCGGCGGGCGGCGGCGGAGGUGGAGGUGGCCGGGGAGAACCGGCUGGAGCUGCAGGCUUUCCGCGACUACGGGGAGAGCUGGUACCGCUCCCGAAAGGGGCUGGAGAGCCGCUUCCAGCCCCGGGAGCCGCUCGCCCGGCAGCCGCAGGUGACGGCGGAGGCUCGCUGCAAGCUGGUCAGCUGGCUCAUCCCCGUGCACCGGCACCUGGGGGUCUCCUUCGAGGCGCUCUGCCUGGCCGUCAAUACCCUCGACCGCUUCCUUGCCACCACCCCGGUGGCCGCCGACUGCUUCCAGCUUUUGGGGGUGACGGCGCUGCUCAUCGCCUGCAAGCAGGUGGAGGUGCACCCGCCCAGCGUCAAGCAGCUCCUCACCCUCUGCUGCGACGCCUUCAGCCGCCAGCAGCUCCGCAACCUGGAGUGCAUCGUCCUGCACAAGCUGGGCUUCAGCCUGGCGGCGCCCACCGUCAGCUUCUUCCUGGAGCACUUCACCCGGGUGCGCAUGGAGGAGCCGGGGGCCGACGCCGGGGAAGCCUCCGACGCCGGGAUCCUGGCCAGGGGCGUCGCGGAGCUGAGCCUGGCCGACUACGCCUUCACCAAGUACGCCCCGUCGCUGCUGGCCGCCGGCAGCCUGGGGCUGGCCGACCGCCUGCUGCGGCACCGCCGCCCGCUGGACCUGCGGGUCAGCGGCUACCGGGAGGGGCUGCUGCGGGGCUGCAUGGCCGAGCUGCAGCUCCUCGUGUCCCUCAACGGGGAGUCCCUGCCCAUGGUGCUGCCGCCCGACGUGGCGCAGAAGUGCCCCUGGCUGCGGGGGGGAGAGCCACGGAAACGCGAAAUAAACUCCGUUACCACCGAUCACCUGCGGCUGCUGGUCUGCUCGCGGGGAGCGUGUGCUUCGGGGGAGGGGGGGGAAUGCAUGGGCACAGGGCGAGAUCACCCCAGCAGUUAA